CCCAUCGCCCAGAGACACCGAACAUCGCCCGCUACAUCGAAAUAUCAUCCUCCCUAUCCCAUUGUGGUGUCUCGGGAUAAUCGGUCAGACCAACACUCGCUUUCACGACACGUCACCCUCCUGAAACGAUACUUUGUGCCAAGAACCACAAAAUAGCAGGCCAGGAUAAUCACCAUACCGAUGACCGACCUCACCGCUAGCUCGUAACACAUCAAGAUGGAGGACCCCGUGGUCCAAGGGGUCAACGGUGUCGGGGCGGCAAAUGGCAACCCGCCUGCACCAGCUCCGACCCCAGCAUCCUCCGCCGUCGACCCCCAGGCAGUUAUUCAAUACCUGAGCAGGGUGUUAGAAGUGACGCUGGGAGCCACCGACGACGAGCUGCGAGGUCCGGGCAGUCUGCUCCACGAGAGUGUCAUAGAAGACACGCUAGCAAGAUGUCUCCGGUUUGCCCUGGAAGCUCAAGUCGCGCUGUACGUACUCAAGCAGGCGGGUGCGACGGGUACGCAGGGCAAGGAGAUUGGCACAUAUACGAAUGGAGACAGCGAGCAUCAUCAAGAUACAUAUGUGCUGAGCUCGGAGGUCAGCUACUCCAACAGGACAGUUGGCUGCGUGGCAUUCCUGAAGAGGCCAAGCUCGAUAGUGCCAGAUGUGCCGCUGAGCAAGCAGGUGUCGGUGGUGAACAUGAGCUUGCCCGGGAGUCUGGGGGCAGAAGGUGCAGGCUCCACAGUAUCGCCAUACGAGAGUCUGCAUUCGUUUGUGAGAGGAGCACUCACCCCGUUCUUUGAGGCAGCCGCGAGAGGAUCUGAGAGUACAGGCAAGAAGCUGCGAUCAGACGGCGAAUCGCGGACAGGCAUAUCAGGCGCGCGGCGGAAACUGGCAGAUCUGGAAAUCACCCUACAGAACCUACAGCAGAAUAUCGAAGUCGAAGCGCCGCGACUACAGAUACACGAAGCUGUGCAGAUGCAGCUCAGCGAGGCGAAUGGGGAUUGGCAUGCUGCGGCGGUUGCCAUACCGGACAGCAUCGUCACGGACAGCUCCAUACUCAAUCGAUUACAGAAUAUGGCCAAUGACUGGAUCAAGCAGAUACGCGAGUUCACGAGAAUCACGGACGACCGAGCAGUUGGGACAACAUCGCAAGAGAAGAACUUUUGGCUAGCCAUGGAAGCAGCGAUCGAGGGCAUCGAGUCCCAACUUGCUAGUGGUGGCGUCAAGCUUACGAUGACCAUACUUGAAAAAGCGAAGAGACAUGGUAUAACGGCCAGUUUUCAAUCAGAUACUCGUCUGAAGGAGACAAAGGAUACAGUGAAUCGAUACAACCAGCUUUUCCAUGGCUUCCCGAUCGAGGAACUGCUGGCUGCGCCGACCAUAGAGAAAUUGCGGGAAGCGCUUGACGAUGUGUUUAGCCACUUGAACAAGAAGCUACGCAUAUGCCCGUACCCAAUCAAACGAGCAUUGCCUUUAGUCGAAGCCAUCUCAGCGGACGUGGACGCGCGAAUACAUCAGCUUUUACAUGGCCGAACGCUGAUGCACAUGAGCUUCCCGGACUUUAAGAAGCAGAUUGAAGAGGUGCAGACCGUCUGGAUGUUCUGGGAUGAUAAUGUCAAGGAAUUUACGAACGUGGCCCGGGAUGUGACGAGACGACGAAACGAUAAAUUCAUUCCUAUUAAGAUCAACAAGCGGCACGACAAGACACAGGACAGAAUCAAGUACAUCUUCAAGUUCAGAGAUGACCAUGAACAGCUGCAGAACACCAUUGCCAAUGUGCUUGGUCCAGAGGAGGAUCCUGCAGAUUUGACUGAUGGCGCAAACGGCCCCGUCAUUGUUGAAGAGAUGGGAGAUGUCGACGCAGCUGAGGAAAUUGCUCAAGCAUACACAGUCGUUAAGGAUGUUGAUGUGCUUGACAUUUCUCUUGAAGGCGAGAGAUUGUGGACACAAGCCGAGACAGCAUACAAUGAGCGGACUGCACGAGUGGAGAAUUCUAUCAUUGCACGUUUGCGAGAUCGUUUGGCGGUCGCAAAGACGGCCAACGAAAUGUUUCGAGUCUUCUCCCGAUUCAACGCUCUAUUCGUUCGGCCAAAGAUCAAGGGAGCCAUCGCCGAAUAUCAAGCCCAGCUUCUGAGUAAUGUCCGCGACGACAUUGACGGGCUGCAAAAGCGCUUCACACACCAGUACGGCCAGUCCGAAUCCCACGGUAUGGCGCAGCUGCACGACCUGCCUCCAAUCUCUGGUGCCAUCAUUCGGGCGAAACAGAUUGAGCGUCAGCUUGACAAUCACCUUUCCAAAGUAGAAGACAUACUUGGUCAGAAAUGGAGAGAUCACACAGAUGGCGCGAGACUGAAUCAGCUUUGCGACGGCUUCAAAAGGAAGCUAGACACGAAGCCGAUCUUCGAGGAUUGGCUGCGAGACAUCGACCGACGACACCUAUCAAUAUCCGGACGCUUAUUCAGUGUCACGCAGAACAGAGCUCGCCAGAACACCCUCGAGAUCCAUGUCAACUUCGACUCGCAAGUCAUCAUCCUAUUCAAGGAAGUUCGCAAUCUGCUCUGGCUUGGUUUCAACGUGCCGCACGCCAUCACCAAUGUCUCGAAGGAGGCCCGACGCGUUUAUCCUUACGCGGUGAGCUUGAUGGAGAGCCUAAACACUUUCGGUCAAACAAAUUUGACAAUCGAGAACAUGUCGAACGUCACCGACCUGAUCAGUGGGCAUCGAAAUGAUGUGCAAAAGUACAUUGGCAAGGGUGCGUCGCUUAGAUGGGACACUUUCGUGCUCGCGUACGAUGUGCAUGUCUCACGAUCUAGUGAUGGUACCCUAGGUGGCGGCAGCGAUGAUAAACUUCACGUACGAUUCGUCCGUGAUCUUGGCAUUGCCAUUGCGACACUCCAGCAGAAAGUCACAACGCUUUCUACAAUACAGGUGACUGUGGAAGCUGCGCUGCGAGAGCUGCAGAGCUGCCCGUUCACACAUGAGGCAUUCAGCACUCACCUCGAGACACUUCAACGUGCCAUUGACCAGCUCAAUCUUGAAGCCUAUUCGAACAUCGCCAUCUGGGUUGCAAAGACUAAUGAGAAGGUACUGGAGACUUUGCACGCAAGGUUGCAGCAAGCUUUGAAGGACUGGACCGAGGACUUCGAACAUGGCUACGGAGCAGAGCAGCAAGCCCAGAGAGAAGCAGGAACACCCAACAUCGACACAUUCGCUCAUGACAUCGUGAUGCAGAGUCAGAUCAUUCAGCUCGAACCACCCCUCGAAGAUGCCAAAAGUGGUUGGCUUGAGAAUCUGCAUACCUGGAUUGGCACUGUAUGCAGCCUCCCGAGAUUGCAGGCCUCUCGCUUCGAGAGUGCUCUGACUGUUGGGGCUUCUGGUCAGACAACAGCGUAUUCUGAGCUGCCCAUCAUGUGCAUGGGCUCACUUGCCGAGCUGUAUGACCGAAUCGAAGGGAAGCUAGGUGUUGCGCAGACCUAUGUUGAUGAGUGGUUACAAUUUCAGUCCCUAUGGGAUCUGCAAUUGCAGCAAAUCCAAGAUGACCUGGGCGAAGAACUGGACUUGUGGCUGCAGCUCAUUCUUGAGAUUAGGCAGAAGCGUGAGACAUUCGACACAUCCGGCAUGCGACGGUCAUUCGGUCACCUUAUCAUCAACUACGGGCAAGUUCAGGCAAAGGUCAACGCCAAAUACGACCAGUGGCAGCACGAUCUUCUCACACACUUCUCUUCAAUGUUUGCGACUCGCAUGGUUGACGUGUACAGCGAACUGCAGCGUGCGCGCAAAGAUCUUGAAGGCCAAUCAAUGCAAGCAUCAUCGACAUCUCAGGCGGUAUCGUUCAUCACUGUUGUGCAGACAGUGAAGCGGCAGACCAAGGUCUGGGAGCCAGAAAUGGACACCUUCAGACAAGGUCAACAAACACUGUCGCGCCUUCGAUUCCCGUACCCCAAGGACUGGCUAUACGUAGAGCAGGUCGAUCACGAAUGGGCAGCUCUUGUCGAAGUCCUGGAGAAGAAGAGCAAGCAAAUCAACGACCAUACUGAAGGCUUGCGGACCAAGAUCAUCGCAGAGGAUGGUGUCGUCUCGCGCCGAAUUGCUGAGAUGACUGAGAAGUGGCGAGAAGAGCGCCCAGAGUCUGGCUCGACUCCUCCAGAAGAAGCCACUGCUUCGCUCGAGAGCUUUGAUACUGAGCUCACGCAACUUCAGGAGCAGUACGACAUGGUGUCCAAGGCGAAAGAAGCAUUGGAGCUUCCGGCCAGUCCUGAUAAUAUGCUUGCUGAUCUCCUCGCUGAGGUACAAGACUACAAAUCUGUAUGGGCCAAUUUGACUGUCGUGUGGGAUCAGCUGAACGACCUCAAAGACCAGCCAUGGAACAGCAUCCAGCCUCGCAAGCUUCGACAAAGCAUUGACAAUCUCAUCAAGACCACCAAGGAAAUGCCAAGUCGAAUGCGAUCUUACGCUGCUUUUGAGCAUCUUCAGAAUCAUCUUCGCCAGUUGCUGAAAAUCAACCCACUGCUUACUGAAAUGCGAUCAGAUGCAGUGCGCGAGCGUCACUGGACCAAGAUAUUCAAGUCUCUGGCCCCAUCGAAACGCUACUCAGCUCUGUCUAUGACACUGGGCGAUGUCUGGGACCUCAAUUUAGUCGCAAGCGAGGCUGUCAUUCGCGAUGUCAUCGCCCAAGCGCAAGGUGAGAUGGCGUUGGAAGAGUUCGUUCGCUCAGUACGUGAACACUGGCAGAAUUACUCGUUGGAUCUCGUGCCGUAUCAGACCAAGUGCCGUCUGAUCAAAGGUUGGGAUGACCUCUUCGCCAAAUGCAGCGAUCAUUUGAACUCUCUGCAAGCAAUGCGACAUUCGCCGUACUACAAGGAAUUCGAGGAGGAAGCGUCAUCAUGGGAAGACAAACUGAAUCGAAUUCACGUACUCUUCGAUGUCUGGAUCGAUGUCCAGCGUCAGUGGGUCUACCUGGAAGGUGUCUUCACCGGCAACGCUGAUAUCAAGCACCUCCUCCCCGUGGAAUCUUCCCGCUUCGCAAACAUCAACAGCGAGUUCAUGAAUGUGCUCAAAAAGGUUUAUCGCUCGCCUCAGGUUCUGGAAGUGCUCAAUAUCCCCGACGUGCAGAAGUCGCUCGAACGUCUCGCCGACUUGCUCAACAAGAUCCAAAAAGCACUUGGAGAGUACUUGGAGAAGGAACGUGUGGCGUUCCCUCGCUUCUAUUUUGUCGGUGAUGAAGAUCUUCUGGAAAUCAUUGGCAACAGCAACGACACUGUACGGAUUGCCAAGCACCUUCGCAAGAUGUUUGCUGGUAUUGCUGGCCUGGAGAUUGAUGACGAGCAGAACAUCAAUGGACUUGUCUCCCGAGAAGGCGAGCAGAUGAGGCUCAAAUCACCGAUCUCGCUCAUACAGACUCCAAAGAUCAACGACUGGCUUCGAGCACUCGAGAACGGCAUGCGGGAGACUCUCUCGGAGCUUCUUGUGGAAGCUGUUCAGGAGUAUCAGGGCAUUGAGGAAUCUGAUGACGCCGCCUUCGAUAAGUACGUCGUCAAGUACCCUGCACAGAUUGUCGUUUUGGCUACACAAGCACAUUGGACAGCCCAAGUCACAGCUGCUCUUUCGCAAGGCGGUUCAGCGCUUCAAAUGCUAUUUGAGAGUCUGGUCAACAGGCUGAAACAUCUUGCCAAAUCCGUGCUUCAGGAAAUGGAGCCAGUGUUGCGCAAGAAGUCUGAGCACCUCAUCACUGAGUUCGUCCACCAGCGUGACAAGACCGAGCAACUCAUUGAGGGUGGCGCCGAUUCUCCUGGCCACUAUCUCUGGUUGCUUCAAAUGAGGUACGAAUUCGAUGCCAGCGCCGCUCCACUUGACCGCCUGCAGGUACAGGUCGCCAAUGCCACCCUCGCAUAUGGCUUCGAAUAUCUUGGCGUGCCGGAACGCCUUGUGCGCACACCACUUACCGACCGCUGUUUCCUCACACUCAGCCAGGCUCUCUGCCAGCGACUCGGUGGCUCGCCAUAUGGACCAGCCGGAACGGGAAAGACAGAGUCUGUCAAGGCUCUAGGUGUACAACUUGGACGUUUCACUCUGGUCUUCAAUUGUGACGACACAUUUGACUUCCAAGCUAUGGGUCGCAUCUUCCUGGGUAUCUCACAAGUUGGUGCCUGGGGUUGUUUCGAUGAAUUCAACAGACUGGAAGAGCGAAUCCUGUCUGCCGUCUCGCAGCAGAUCCAGAACAUUCAAGUCGGUCUGCGAAAGCGAGCUCUCGAUCCAUCUGCUCAGAUUGAUCUUGUCGGCCGCCAGCUCAAGGUUCAUCUUCUUACUGGCAUGUUUAUCACCAUGAAUCCUGGAUAUGCUGGUCGUUCGAACUUGCCAGACAACUUGAAGAAGCUGUUCCGCAGUGUUGCCAUGUCGAAGCCAGACAAGGAGAUUAUCGCCGAAGUUAUGCUCUUCUCGCAGGGCUUCUCAGAAGCAAAGACUCUGUCACGUCAGACGGUGCCAUUCUUCGAUCAAUGUGGCGCUAGGCUGUCAAAGCAGCCUCACUAUGAUUUCGGUCUUCGUGCGCUAAAGAGUGUGCUCGUCAGCUCGGGCGGGCUCAAGCGUGCAAGAUUAGCUGCUGGUAGCGAGCAGAGCUCAGACGUCGUGGUGGAGCCUCAGAUUAUAGUGCAGAGUAUUCGCGAGACGAUUGCGCCAAAGCUUGUCCGCGAUGAUGCAUUGCUUAUGGCACAAGUCGAAGAAGAGGCAUUCCCAGGAGUGCAGUACAUGCCUGCGUCGCUGGAUAAACUACGCGAGGCUUUGCAGGAGAUUGUCGAAGAGCGCAAGUUGGUCGCCACAGAUGCCUGGCUCACCAAGGUUCUGCAGCUCUAUCAAAUUCAGAGCCUGCAUCAUGGUGUGAUGAUGGUCGGCAGCUCUGGCACUGGCAAGUCGACUGCCUGGCAGACGUUGCUUGCAGCGUUACAAAAGGUCGAUGGCAUCGAGGGCGUCUGUCAUGUCAUUGAUCCCAAGGUCAUGUCCAAGGAAAGUCUGUACGGAACUCUGGAUAGCACCACUCGCGAAUGGACCGAUGGUCUGUUCACCAGCAUUCUUCGAAAAGUGGUCGACAAUCUUCGUGGCGAGGACAGCAAGCGUCACUGGAUCGUCUUUGAUGGCGAUGUUGACCCUGAAUGGGUCGAGAACCUGAACAGUGUCCUUGACGACAACAAGCUGCUCACGCUGCCCAAUGGUGAGCGUCUUGGACUGCCUUCCAACGUUCGCGUUAUGUUCGAAGUCGAGACGCUGAAGUAUGCCACGCUUGCCACCGUCUCGCGUUGUGGUAUGGUGUGGUUCAGUGAUGAUACUGUUGAUGUCGACGUUAUGCUCUCAAGAUAUAUUGCCCAACUCCGGACUGCUACCUUCGAGGAUCUGGAAGAGGACACAGGCACUCCGACAUCUACUGAAGCGCGCUUGGCAGUUCAGAACCUGAUGGCAGAAAUCCUCCAUCGCCGACUGACCGAGAACGACUUUGUGAGGAAGGGUCUCCAGCAUUGCGCCAGCAUGAAACAUAUCAUGGAGUUCACUUCCAUUCGUGCUCUCGGCACGCUCUUCUCGCUGCUUCGCAAGGCAUGCCGCUCUGUACUGGAGUACAAUAUCAACCAUGCUGACUUCCCGCUCAACGAUGAGCAACUUGAGGCAUAUUUAUCGAAGAAGGUGCUGCUCGCAGCAGUCUGGUCUUUCACUGGAGACUGCCCACUUGUGGAUCGCAAGGCCUUUGGUGACUAUCUUGCUGGGCUGGCAACACUUGACAUGCCAGUCCUGACAGAGCAGACAUCACUCAUCGAUUACGACGUAUCCUUGCCAGAGGCUAUCUGGUCGGCAUGGCAGAACCAGGUUCCAUCAAUCGAGGUCAAUACUCACUCAGUCACCCAGACAGACCUUGUUAUCCCUACACUUGACACUGUUCGACAUGAGGACGUACUCUACUCUUUCUUGGCCGAGCACAAGCCACUCUUACUCUGUGGUCCUCCCGGAUCUGGUAAGACUAUGACGCUUUUCAGCGCGUUGCGCAAACUGCCCAAUAUGGAAGUGGUUGGUCUCAACUUCUCCAGUGCUACCACACCAGAUCUUCUCGUGAAGACGCUCGAGCAAUAUUGCGACUAUAAGAAGUCGAUCAGCGGUGUCACGAUGGCUCCACGGCAAAUUGGGCGCUGGCUCGUGGUCUUCUGCGACGAGAUCAACUUGCCCGCUCCAGACAAGUAUGGGACUCAGCGCGUAAUCUCCUUUCUUCGCCAACUUGUCGAGCAUGGCGGUUUCUGGCGAACAUCGACCAGAAGCUGGGUCAGCCUCGAACGGAUACAAUUCGUCGGCGCGUGUAACCCUCCCACAGAUGCCGGCCGUACUCCACUAGGUCUUCGGUUCUUGAGACACGCACCGCUUGUCAUGGUCGACUAUCCUGGCGAACUUUCGCUCAAGCAGAUCUAUGGCACCUUCAACAAUGCUGUGCUCAAGAUCAUACCUACUCUGCGCGGCUAUGCUGAUGCUUUGACGCAAGCCAUGAUUCAAGUGUAUUUGCAAUCGCAGAAACGCUUCACGCCAGAGAUCCAACCCCAUUACGUCUACUCGCCUCGUGAGCUGACAAGAUGGGUGCGCGCCAUUUAUGAGGCUGUAAGACCGCUCGAUACUUUAUCUCUGGAAGGUCUGGUCCGAAUCUGGGCACAUGAGGCAUUGAGAUUGUUCUCGGAUCGUUUGAUAGCUGACGAGGAACGACAAUGGACCGAAGAAGCUGUCAACCGUGUUGCACUUGAGCACUUCCCCAACAUCGACGAAGAGCAAGCUCUGCAGCGCCCUAUCCUCUUCUCGAACUGGCUGUCCAAGAACUAUGUUCCAGUUGCUCGGGAUCAGCUGCGCGACUUUGUCAAAGCUCGUCUGCGCACGUUCUGCGAGGAGGAACUCGAUGUGCCGCUCAUUCUCUUCAAUGAUGUUCUCGAACACGUCUUGCGUAUCGAUCGUGUUUUCAGGCAACCGCAGGGUCACCUGAUCCUCAUCGGCGUAAGUGGCUCGGGCAAGACGACUCUGUCUCGUUUCGUGGCGUGGAUGAACGGUCUAUCUGUGUUCCAGAUCAAGGUGCAUGGUCGAUACUCCUCUGAAGACUUUGAUGAAGAUCUCCGUACUGUGCUCCGGAGAUGCGGUUGCAAGGGCGAGAAGAUAUGCUUCAUUAUGGACGAGUCAAAUGUGCUGGAUUCUGGAUUCCUCGAGCGCAUGAAUACACUCCUUGCCAACGGAGAAGUGCCUGGUCUAUUUGAGGGCGAUGAGUACGCCACGCUCAUGACUGCUUGUAAGGAGGGCGCUCAGCGCCAAGGUCUUCUGCUUGAUUCGCAAGAAGAACUUUACAAGUGGUUCACACAACAGAUUGUGCGCAACUUGCACGUUGUGUUCACCAUGAACCCACCUUCUGACGGUUUAGGAUCCAAGGCAGCUACCAGUCCGGCCCUUUUCAAUCGUUGCGUCCUCAAUUGGUUCGGCGAUUGGUCUGAUCAAGCGCUGUACCAGGUUGCCUACGAGCUCACGCAAUCUGUGGAUAUCGACAAAGGAAGCUACACAUGCCCAGAUAGCUUGCCGAUCGAGUUCGACCAGCUCGAAAUGCCGCUCUCACAUCGCGACGCCGUCGUCAAUGGCAUGGUGCAUGUGCAUCACUCUUUGCGCACCUUCAACGACCGAUUGAAGCGUCAGCAAAACAAGCAGACUUUCCUCACUCCACGGCAAUUCUUGGACUUUGUUGCUCAAUUCGUCAAGCUUUUUAACGAGAAGCGUGAUGACCUUGAGGAACAACAGCGCCAUCUUAAUGUCGGUCUUGACAAACUUCGCGAAACUGUGGAGAAAGUGUCAGAGCUGAAACGUAGCUUGGCCGAGAAGAAGUCUGAGCUUGAAAAGAAAGAUGCUGAGGCUGGCGAGAAAUUGCAGCGUAUGGUUGCGGACCAGCGCGAGGCGGAGCAGAGACGAGCAGCAUCUCUGGAGAUUCAGGCUGCAUUGGAGAAGCAAGAGAAGGAAGUCGCGAAGAGAAGAGAAGUCGUGCUUAACGAUUUGGCAAAAGCUGAGCCGGCAGUUGAGGAAGCUCAGAGAAGUGUCAGCAACAUCAAGCGACAGCACUUGACGGAAGUGAGGUCCAUGCAGCAUCCACCUGCUGGUGUAAAGCUAGCGCUUGAGUCUGUCUGUACAUUGCUCGGACACAAGGCCGCAGACUGGAAGUCAAUUGUCAGCAUUGUGCGCCGCGAUGACUUUAUUGCUAGCAUUGUCGGCUAUGACAACGAGCGUCAGAUGACUCCUCAAUUAAGGGCGAAAAUGAGGGCGGAUUUCUUGAACAAGGAGGACUUCACCUUCGAGCGUGUCAACCGAGCCUCCAAAGCAUGUGGACCUUUGGUUCAGUGGGUUGAGGCUCAGGUCAACUACUCAGAAAUCUUGGAUCGAGUCGGACCCCUCCGAGAGGAAGUCGACCAGCUGCAAGAGGAGGCACUCCAGACUAAAGCAGAAGCCAAGGCGAUCGAGAAUACGCUACAGGAGCUGGAGCAGAGCAUUGCCACAUACAAGUCCGAAUAUGCAUCGCUCAUUAGCCAGACUGAAGCGAUCAAGGCAGAAAUGACACGCGUGCAGUCCAAGGUCGACCGAAGCAUGCGAUUGCUCAACAGCCUGUCUUCUGAGAGAGGUCGGUGGGAAGAGAGCAGCAAGACCUUCCAGGUCCAGAUGGAGACCAUUAUCGGCGACGUCUUCUUGGCGUCUGCGUUCCUGGCAUAUGCCGGUCUGUACGAUCAGCAAUACCGUCGUGCUAUGCUGGAAGACUGGUCACUUCAGCUUUCCGCAUCUGGGAUCGCAUUCAAGGCGCAGAACUCACUUUCUGAGUACCUCUCAACUGCAGACGAGAGACAGCAAUGGCACGAGCACGCAUUGCCAGUGGACGAGCUGUGCACCGAAAACGCUGUGAUGCUGAAGCGCUACAAUCGUUACCCGCUCAUCAUUGACCCGUCUGGACGUGUGACGGAGUUCCUCCAGAAUGAGAGCAAGGACCGUCGUCUCACUGUCACCAGUUUCCUGGAUGGCUCCUUUGUCAAGCAGCUGGAGUCUGCGCUCAGAUUUGGAAACCCUAUCCUCAUUCAAGACGCUGAGCAUAUUGAUCCGAUCCUCAAUCACGUACUCAACAAGGAGUACCAGCGCACUGGAGGUCGUGUCCUCAUUCAGCUUGGAAGACAGGAGAUCGAUUUCUCGCCAGCCUUCAAGCUGUACCUCAGUACCAAGGAUCCCUCUGCACCUUUUGCUCCGGACGUCUGCUCCAGAACCACAUUCGUCAACUUCACGGUCACGCAGAGCAGUUUGAAGACACAGACGCUGAAUGAUGUACUUAAGUCUGAGCGACCCGAUGUUGACGAGAGACGAUCGAAUCUGGUCAAGAUGCAGGGCGAGUUCACACAGCGCCUUCGCCGUCUGGAGCGUAUGCUUCUGCAAGCCCUCAAUGAGUCACGCGGCAACAUUCUCGACGACGAGAACGUCAUUCAAACCUUGGAAACGCUCAAGAACGAAGCGGCAGAGAUCACUGCCAAGGCCUCUGAGACUGAAGGUGUCAUGAACGAAGUCAACAAUAUCAUGAGUACCUACGAGAUCAUCGCUCAAUCUUGCUCGGCAAUCUUUGCAGUGCUGGAGCAGCUGUACCACAUCCACCACUUCUACCAGUUUUCGCUGCAGUACUUUGUCAACAUCUUCGAGUCUGUUCUGCGAGGUGCGCGGGAAGCGAAUGAGCGGGAUGCGAAGAAGCGCAUUGACUCAAUCGUGCGAGCUCUGUUUAGGAAGACAUACAGCGAGACGUCAGCUUCCUUGCUCCAGAAGGAUCGUCUGACUUUCGCGGUUCUUCUGGCGCAAGCUGCCCCAUUCCCAAUGGACAAGACUCUGCUCGACCUCCUUUUGGACGAGUCAGUCGUGGGCGGCGAUGUGACGACCGAUUCGGAGCAGAAAGAGAAAGCUGUUGCGAUUGCAUCACGUAUCACGAGCGUGAAGGAGCUGGUUGGCGAUGUUGAGAACGAAGCGUGGCAGAAGUUCUUCUCGAUUGAACAGGCAGAGCAUUGCGUGCCCGGGACAGGCGCGACCAGUAAUGAGAACGACAGAGCGCUCAAGGAGCUUCUUCUGGUCAAGCUGUUCCGCAUGGAUCGUCUUGUUCCUGCGACUGAGCGCUUCGUCAACACUGUCUUCGGACAGGAUUUCCUCGAUGUCGCAGAGAACCUUGGACGUAUCGCUCAAGAGACGACUGCUUCUUCGCCGAUUGCCCUUUGCUCCACUCCAGGCUUCGACGCUUCUUACAAGGUCGAUCAACUUGUCGAGCGACAAAACGCAAGCUGCACCAGCGUGGCAAUGGGUUCCAACGAGAGCAUGUCUUCCGCCGACUCUGCUCUUGCCAGUGCUGCCGCAAAUGGUUCUUGGGUCCUUAUCAAGAACGUCCACCUCGCUACCGAGUGGUUGCAGAACCUGGUCAAGCGAAUUGACUCACUCAAGCCACAUCCGGACUUCCGCUUAUUCUUGUCAAUGGAGACCAGUCCAAAGAUACCAUCGAGCUUACUCCGUACCAGUCGCGUCUUAAUGUACGAGCAGCCAGCCGGUAUUCGUGCCAACAUGCGCGACACUCUCACCUCGCUCCCCGAUAAAGCCGUUUCGCAACCAGUGGAGAAGGCUCGUGUGCACUUCCUCCUCGCAUUCCUACACGCCGUAGUCCAAGAACGACUCCGCUACGCGCCAAACCUCGGCUGGAAAGGUUUCUGGGAAUUCAACGACGCAGACUUCGAUUGCUCAGCCUUCAUAAUCCAAUGGUGGACCGACAACGUCGCGCGAGGAAGAAGCAACAUCGCCCCCAAAUCCAUCCCUUGGGACAUUCUCCGCGCUCUCGUCGCAGAAAUGUAUGGUGGCAAAGUUGACAAUCCCGACGACAUGUCUAUUCUCCGAUCUCUUGUUGACCAGACUUUGACAAGUGAUGCUUUCGAGGAUGGGUUCAAUCUUAUUGCGAAGGUUGCUCAGGAUGAGAAUGUUGGGACGAGUCUUCCUGGUGGCAGUAGUAAGGCUGUUUUCUUGCAGUGGGUCAAGGAGUGUUUGCCUGAGAGGGAGCCGCCGACGUAUUUGGGACUACCGGCUAAUGCGGAGAAGCUCUUGCUUGUUGCGCAUGCGAAGGAGAUGUUGGGAAAUUUGAAGACUGUUAUGAGGGUUCUUGACGAGGGGGAGAAUGUUAUGGCUGAGGCUGUUUCGGUUGAGGCGAGUGGAUGAAGCCGUUGACAUUGGGCUGCUCCAAGAAGUUUUCAUUUGUUUUGUUUGCAUGGGAGAGGCGUGAUAAGAAUGAGGGCGGGGCAUUCUGCGAUGGCGUUGCGUCUUUUUGAUGGGUUGUUGAGCAUUAUCGCAGCGCCUAUACCCCCUGACUUGAGAGAAUGUUUAUACUUUCAUAGCAAGUGUAUUAGUUUUACACGUCG